AUGGGAGAGUACUCAAAAGCAAUUUCAUUUUGCGAAAAAGCACUGAAAAUCUUUCAAGAAACUCUUCCUUCAAAUCAUCCUUUAUUGGCUACUUCAUACAAUAAUAUUGGUUCGGUGUAUGAGAAGAUAAGAGAGUACUCUAAAGCACUUUUAUCUCACGAAAAAGCUCUUGGAAUUCGACAAAAUACUCUUCCUUCAAAUCAUUCUUUAUUGGCUACUUCAUAUGGCAAUAUCGGUUUGGUACAUGACAACAUGGGGGAGUACUCUAAAGCAAUUUCAUCUCACGAAAAAGCUCUUGAAAUUCAACAUAAAACUCUUCCUUCAAAUCAUCCUGAUUUGGCUACUUCAUACAGCAGUAUCGGUUCGGUGUAUGAUAACAUGGGAGAGUACUCUAAAGCACUUUCAUUUCACGAAAAAGCCCUUGAUAUUCGACAAAACACUCUUCCUUCUAAUCAUACUUCAUUGGCUAAUUCAUACAGCAACAUUGGUAGUGUGUAUUAUAAGACGGGAGAGUACUCUGAAGCAUUUUUAUCUCACAAAAAAGCUCUUGAAAUUCGAGAAAAAACUCUUCCUUCAAGUCAUCCUGAUUUAGGUCCUUCAUACAAUAACAUCGGUUUGGUGUAUUACAAUAUGAAUAACUAUCGGAAAGCACUAUCAUAUUUCGAACGUGCUCUGUACAUAUUUCAACAUGCAUUACCUCCAACUCAUCCUUAUAUCAAAGAAGUGAAAGAGAGUAUUGAAAUUGUUAAAAAGAAAUUAUAA